AUGUCCACGGAAUAUGGCUUCAAGAAGCGCGCUCGCGCGGGCUCGGUGAAGGAGACUCUGGACGCUAUCGAGACGGAUCCCACUCAUCACCUGGCUGGGGCGUUCAGGCCGCAGACACCUCUUUCCGAGACCCCUCGGCGGGCGAAGGCCCUUUCGUUGAAGCAAGAGAUCGCACAGGCUGAAAAGGCUCCAAAUUACCCCCCCUCUGGAGGUCUCUGGUCUGACAUCAAAACUUGGCAAUGGGUCGUGGUCCCUUGGUCGUCCUUGAAGCUGCUCGUCAUAUUCACUCUGGCAUACUUGAACUGGGCGCUGAUAACGCCUUACGUCGCGCCUGGUCUGCCAAACCCGUUCGAGCCGCUGUUGUUCAUCUCCCACCGAGUGCCCGGCUCGCCAGAUGAUGACCCUCGGUACCAAAAGGGCUACCUCGACCUCGUCUUCAUUGCAUUCUAUAUCAUAUUCUUCUCGUUCACUCGGCAACUUAUAUGUCUGCAUUUAUUGAUGCCUCUGGGGAGAUGGUUCGGUAUAAGAAAACAGGGUAAGCUGGAUCGGUUCGCGGAGCAGGCCUAUACCGCCCUGUACUUCAGUUGUAUGGGACCGUGGGGUUUGCGCAUCAUGUCACAACUUCCGACUUGGUGGUACAAAACGGAGUACUUCUGGAUAGACUAUCCCCACUGGGAUAUGAAGCCCGAGUUGAAGCGCUAUUACCUUAUGCAGUUUGCAUACUGGUGUCAGCAGCUGAUUGUCCUCGCUUUUGGUCUUGAAAAGCCGCGUGUAGAUUACAAGGAGCUCGUGGCCCAUCAUCUAGUAACUCUUUGGCUCAUUGGAUGGAGUUACUUGAUCAAUCUCACAUUCAUAGGCAAUGCUGUCUAUGUUAGCAUGGAUAUUCCGGACAUCUUCCUGGCCUUCUCCAAAGUGUUGAACUAUCUCCAGUCCAAAUACAAGGUCGUCUCGUUCGGGGUCUUCUUUGUGAUAUGGACUUAUUUCCGUCAUUACUUAAAUCUGGUCAUCCUGUGGUCUGUCUACGCCGAGUUUGACCUUAUGCCAGAAUCGUCUAAGAAGUGGGACCCGCCCCAAGGCGUCUGGAUGGUCUGGUGGAUGAAAUGGCAGAUAUUCGUGCCUAUCCUACUCCUGCAAUUCUUGAAUCUCUUCUGGUAUUACUUCAUGCUCCGGAUCUUGUGGAGGGCUUUGGCGGACCCCGCAGGAGCAACGGACGUGAGAUCUGACGAUGAAGAUGAUGGCGAAGAUGAAGACGACGACAAAGAGGACUAA